ACUUGUUGCCAGUUGCCUCAAACAAGGAGUUUGAGACAAAGUCAUGAAAGCAAGACAGACAGCACCUUCUACAUAGUCCUAUACGAACUAACAAACCUGUCUAUCUGUCACUCUGUCUUUUUUUCCUUCUCUGAUUAGUCAUUCUUUUUGUUGUUGUUGUUGUUAUUGUUGUUGUUGUUGUGUUUUUCUUCACCCAAAGCUUGUUAUAGUUUGUUGUAAUCUAUGACUGAAAACUGGAAUUGCUUAACUCUUGAUUUGAUCAUCUUCAAUGUAACUCUAGCUUCCAUAGAUGGAUUUCUUGCCUUCAUUGCAUUUGCUCAGGUCCUCCGGAUUCACUUGAGAAGUCAACAAAAUGGUUGGAUGCGGCAAAAAGUACUUCAUAUCAUGAUUGGCACUUCCAACUUAGGAUACUGUAUCUAUUUUACAAGUACUGUUUUUGCUACUUGUAAUGGGUGGUAUUGCUGGUCCGGUGUUUGCGGUUUUAUUCUUAUGGCCGCUCCCAAAGUCGUGUUUUUAGCAGCGUUUCUACUCCUACUAUCGUUCUGGGUCGACCUUUGCCAUCAGGAAAAUGAAGAAGAGUUGGACGAUGAGGAUAAUGCCGAGAGUAGGUCGCAGCAGGCUUUGGUGGAAGGUGUGAUGAGGGAACAACAUGGUUCAGCUCCCAAAAAAUUUCACCGUAGAUGCUGCUCAAUCCAAGGCAUUCACAUUGGUAGCAGACAGAAAUACGUCAUAAUGAUUGUGCUUCUGAUCUUUGCUGUGAUGAUGGCAUUUGCUAUACUUAUCUGUGUUGGAGAUGUCACGAAUCCAAUAGAUCCGUCAAUUGUUGCUCGGGUAUAUGAAACAUUUCUUGCAAUAAUGAUACUUAUAUUGGCCGGAGCGUUAGGCUGCUAUGGUUUCCUUCUUUUCUUCAAAUUAAGGAAAGUACGAUCUGAGAACGCUUCAUCAGAAAUGUGGAAGGUUAUCAGUUUAGCUAUUAUUUCGAUUGUAUGUUUUUCAUCGAGUGCAUUAGUAGCUCUCAAUACAGAUAUACCUCUUUUCUAUCAUUGGCAUUUAAAGUUCAUAUAUGGAGUUAAAGCUUUUGUUUUCUUGACCAUUUAUUAUUUUAUAGGUUCUUCUUUACCGUCAGCUUAUUUGUUAUGGAUAAUUAGAGAAUUGCCACCUCCAGUCACAGAUAGUAUACAAGAAGAACCAAGAGGAACAUAUGCUUUCAUCAGCCACGCCGAGGAAACAUCCAGCUCAAAUCAUCCUUCGUCGUGGACUACUGCUACAAGUUCCAAGAAUCAGAUUUCAAGAGCAAGUCCGAUAUGAGUGAUUGAGCUCCUUAUACUCCAUCUAAUGAACAAAUAUUCUAAUGACACAUGAUACGUCCCGAGUACACGAUUAAUUGUGAUUUCUGACAAGUGACAAAGCAUUUGAUCAAGUGUCUAUUAGUUGGCUUCCUUCCUUCCUUCCAACAUGCAUCGGUAUAUAUGAUGUAUAUAUGUUACUGUAUAUAGUUGCAAUUUGUGAUCAUCUCUUUGUAAAAGCUCUUAUGAUGCUAUGGAUGGCUUUUACAUUGUACAUAUAUAUGAAUGCAAUCAAAGGUUGUAAUAUAAUAGUGAUGAACUUGGGGAGCACAUAUACAAAGUAUCCACUAUGUUACAUAUACAAAGUAAUACGAACGACAAAUAGAGUUAUUAAUUAUUAAAUACUUUAUUUAGUAGAAAUAGAUAUUAUAACAAAGUGAAUCCAUAAAAUAAAUAAAAUUUAUAAUUCUUAAA